ACAGGUUGACAUUCCAGCAUCUCACUCCAGUAAGGAAUUUCCUUUGGAUUAAAACGUGGAUCCUUCUCCGCUGGGCAACAUGCCUUCUCCUUGAGUCACACCAAGGAAUAUCAAUAACAGGGGUUACCAAAAAGCUAAAUACAAAGUGAAGAUUAACAAAGAAACUUCAAGGCGCAGAGCAGACAAAAAUCCACGUUGUAAAAGGGUAAUCCUCCUUUGUGGGUUUCUUUCUGUCUAUAGAAAACUCUACAAAAUAAUCUACAACAUGCUUACUCAAUUCCUUUCUUGAUAUGUAUAUUCUCCACCUCUAGCUCUCAAGUUCAAUUGGGUUUCCUCUUGGAAUAUGUUCCUUGUUGAAUCUUUAUGUAAUGCCUUCCUUUUUCUUACCAUAAAGGACUACUUUAUUCUGUAUAAAUAGAGUUAUUAGAGAAAAAGAGUUCCAAUAAACAUAAGGGAAACAUGGGUAAUAGCUGCAUGUUAUGGUUGUUAUUGCUGUGCAUGAUUUGUGGUCAAGGCCUGGUUAAGGAGGUAAAAGGGUUGGCAUGCAACUGGGGAACGCAAUCAACACACCCUUUACAGCCUAACAUAGUGGUCCAGCUUUUGAAAGACAAUGGUUUUAACAAGGUGAAGCUAUUUGAAGCUGAUCCUGGGGCACUAAAAGCUCUAGGCAAUUCUGGUAUCCAAGUUAUGGUUGGCAUACCAAAUGAUCUCCUGGCACCUCUUGCGAGUAGUGUCCAGGCUGCUAUAAACUGGGUUCAGCAAAAUGUGUCUGACUAUGUAUCCAAACAUGGGGUGGAUAUAAGGUAUGUAGCUGUGGGAAAUGAGCCUUUCCUCAAGACCUACAAAGACACUUUUCUUCAGACAACAUUUCCAGCACUACAAAAUAUUCAAGCAGCCUUGAUCAAAGCUGGCUUGGCCAAACAAGUGAAGGUUACAGUACCACUAAAUGCAGAUGUCUACCAGACAGACAGUGGUCUACCUUCCGGUGGCAAUUUUCGACCGGAUAUCCAUGAUCUCAUGAUGUCAAUCAUCAAGUUUCUCAGUGACAGUUACUCUCCCCUCACCAUCAACAUCUACCCAUUCCUUAGCCUCAAUGCAGACCCCAAUUUCCCCAAAGAGUAUGCCUACUUCAAUGGCAGUGCUGCCCCAGUUGUUGACGGUUCCAUAACUUAUACCAAUGUCUUUGAGGCAAACUUUGACACCCUCAUUUCGGCUCUUGAAAAGAAUGGUUUCCCAUCAUUGUCUGUCAUCGUUGGUGAAGUUGGAUGGCCAACAGAUGGCGACCCCAGCGCAAAUGCAGAGAAUGCUCAGAGGUUCAACCAAGGCCUCAUCAAUCGAAUAUCUCAAGGGCAAGGUACCCCGAAACGCAAGACCCCACCUGAUGUCUACCUGUUUUCACUCAUUGAUGAAGAUAACAAGAGCACCCAACCUGGAAAUUUUGAGAGGCACUGGGGUGUUUUCAACUAUGAUGGAUCCAUCAAGUACCAAUUGGAUAUGGGAAAUGGAAAGUCUCUAGUUCCAGCAAAAGGUGUAAGGUAUUUGGCCAGGCAGUGGUGUGUAAUGUCACCUGAUGCCAGCAUCACAGACCCCAAUCUGGCUAACAGCAUCAGCUACGCCUGCUCCUACGCCGAUUGCACGAGUCUUGGCUAUGGAUCUUCCUGCGGCAUCCUGGAUGCUAGAAACAAUGCUUCUUAUGCUUUUAACAUGUACUACCAAACUAUGGAUCAGAGGAAAGGUUCUUGUUCAUUUAACAACUUAUCAGUUGUUACAAAACUAGAUCCCUCUCAAGAUACUUGCAGAUUCGAAAUUAUGAUUGAUCUGCGUAAGCACGAGACUGCUAGCUCAUUGGCUGGAAAAAUACAAACCUCAACCAUGGGUCUUAUUCUAGUCCUGCUAUUGAUUAUUCAUGGUGCUUUCUGAGUUUUAGAAAAAUACAAACCUCAGCCAAGAUCAAUGUUCACCCACAUCAGGUUUUUUUUCAGAUUUCUCUUAUUUUGAACAUUUUUUAAUGUUCUUGUAGCUCAGUUUCUUCACAAGCAUCAUUAAUUCUGUGAUUAUUUUCGCCAUUAAUGUAAAUAAGGAAAUCACAUAUUCAUGAUUUUCAACUUUGAAAUCCUUUUCUUCAUCCAAAAUUCCAAAUAAGUCGACUUAAAUGUUGGUCAUUUGCUUAACUAAAGAGACCAAAUUCUGCCAAUUUGCACUGCC